CGUGCCGCGCGGACUUGACGUGCUGCUGGCGCUGAUGGCGGCGGGGCUGGCGGAGGGUCGCACCGAGGAGGGAGCGCGAGGAGGAGGCGGGGAACCGGAGAGACAGAGAGAGGAGGCCCCGGCGGCACCGAGCACCGACACCGACACACCGACAGUAACCACACCGAGGCCCGGACACCGACACCGAGGAGGACGGACGGACGGACGGACGCAGCGUUCAGGCCUUCAUCCCAUUGGCUCUCAUCCCGUCUCGCUCCACCAGCCGGUACUCCACUACAGCUGCAGUACUCGUAGUAUUUAGAUGCAGUAGUCAGUAGUAACACCUGUGUUUGUUAGCUAAUCUGAGCUCUGAGGCAGGAGGGGAUAACAGCUGAUAGCUUUCGUACACGACGCUAACACAAAUGAAUUUUGGUGCUAUCGGACCUGGAACGACGCCCACGGGCCCCAAACUGGUUCCUGUCUUGUUCUAAUCUGGUGGCGAUGCUAACCUUCUAGCUGCUUCACUGUGAACUCCUCCGAGCUGCAGCACAAACAAAACAAGUAGCUCACCUGUUCUGAAGAUGUAGAUUAGCUACGUUUCUUUAGCGGCUAAGAGUUAGCACAGCAGCUCCAGACCAAACACCUGCCCCGCCCCCUUCAGAGGUGAAAUUCAGUCAGAAAAAAUUUACCCUAAAUAUGUAGUUGGAUUCUGGACCAGGAUCACUUGUGUAGCAGCUAACGGCUAGUUAGCAGCUAGCGGUAAGCAGGUAGCGGUGGCGCUGGGCUAAGUCCGGGCAGAGCAGGGGUGCGAUGGAGUACCACUCCGGUGGCAGCCUGCCCCUGCUGGGGAGACCGCGGUACUGCCCCGGGGCCAACGCUAAUGGAGGAUACCUGUGUGAGACGGGACACUGCUGCGGAGAGACCGGCUGCUGCACCUACUACUACGAACUCUGGUGGUUCUGGCUGCUGUGGACCGUCCUCAUCUUGUUCAGCUGCUGCUGUGCUUACCGACACCGUCGAGCCAAACUUAGAGUCCAGCAGCAGCAGAGGCAGCGAGAGAUCAGCCUGCUGGCCUACCAUGGAGCCAACUCCUACCCCUCCUCCAUGCUGGACCUCAGUUUCCUGGCAUCUCUGAAGCUUCCGUCCUAUGAGGAGGUGGCAGCUCAGCCCUCCACCCCCCCUCCACCCUACAGCUCUGUGUUCACCACCCCGCGCUACCCACAGCCCCCCCGCACCGUCGACCCCCACCUACUCACGCAGCAUGGCCCGUUGCUGCACCGGCCGCUCAGCGAUGGUCCCUCCUCCCUCAGCUCUGAUAACAGCUCCAGUUGUUCCUGUGACUCCUGCUGCCCCUCCUCUCCAUGUAGCUCCUCUCUAUCGGCACCCGUCACGUAUGAGACUGACACAAGCCACGCCUCCACACCCAGCGAGGCUGCGCCCCUCACUCUUGACGUCACCAUGGAAACCAUCACUGCCGCAGCUAACUGCUUAGAGGUAAAUGAGACACAAAUUGCUUCUGAGAGGAUGGUUGCCACGGUUGCCAUUGACAUCAGCGAUGCAAAUGCUGCCGGAGCUCAGGAACCUGUCGCCACGGACCCAUCGGUUCCCAACCAGACUGUUACUGUGGCCGUUGUUACCAGGGCGGCCUCCCCUCAGCCUCUGCCCUCUCCUGGUUCUGAGGUGGCCCUUCCUAUUGGAAUUACGUCUCCCAUAAAGCAACAGCUCGAUCUAACAUUGUGUACCCCGAUAGUCAGCACCUGUAGCUCAAGUACAGUCCCUAGUCCAAGUAUUGUUGACACAACUCUCCCCUCCAUCCAAAUACUAAGCAUUGGGGGCCCAGCUGAGGGUCCUGGAACUACCCCUACCCUGAAAAUCACCUCAGGGUCAGGCCCCUCUACCCCAACAGAUAGCACUUCUGACAGACCUACAACCAAUCUAACCCUAGAAACCCUGCAGCCAACAAGAACUUUUGAUACAGCCAAUGUUCCUAGUAACCCGACCUCAGUACCGUCCCCAGAUAUUGGAAGGACUUUGGCCCUGAUUACAGGCUCUGCUGGUCUCCCAACCGUGGACCCAAAUUCUAGCCUUGUGCCAACCCCAGCACCUUCAAACCUUACCCUUGCUCCAGACCCAGUGCCUGCAAACCUUAACCAAUCUCCAGAAGCAGUACCCACAAACCUUACCUCCUCUCCAGACCCAGUAUUGCCAAACCUUACCCAAGCUCCAGAGCCAUACCCAAACCUUACCCCCGUGUCAGACCCACAAACUAAAACCAACCUCACCUCAGAGUCCCCACACAACCCUGUUCAAACUCCUGCCCAUUCAAACCUUACCCUAGCCACAGAUGCAGCACCCACUUCACCUACCUUAGCUCCUUGCCAGAACCUGGAGCUGUCACCUGGGUCAGGUCUAUCCUUGGUUCGUCCAAGCCCAGAAGUACCCGCUGAUUCAGGUCCUCAUCUGGUCCUGUCUCAAUUGUCAGAGUCAGACAUUAUCAGUCCAUUACCACCAAAUAUCCAGGCUGGUUUUAGUUCUGGUUCUGGAUCACCCUCCAGUGUUGGUUCUAGAUCAGAUACACUGUCUGCUCCUGCCCCAGUGCUCACUCUCCCGACUCCUGCAUCCUCCUCUUCCUCCUCUUCCUGCCCAGCCAUAACCAUAGAGCCUGAAUCUUCUUUUGAUCCUUCUCAGUCACCCCUUUCAGCACCUUCCCCAUCCUCACCCCCAUCCAUUCCCUCUCCUCCAUUUAUCCCCUCCCCUCCAGCUUUGCCUUCCAGCUCCCUCCCAGCCCCAGCUUUACUCCUGGACCCCCUCACUGCUCUGCACCAGUCCGACAAAGGUGGAUCUUCCUCUGGCCAUGCAUCCUCACUCUCCCCGUCACCUCGUGCCACUCAGUCCCCUCCAAAGCAGACUCUCUUCUCCCCCUGUGUGGAUGUCUUUGAACCAGGACCUCCUAAUUGGGAGGACGGAGAAGAGGAGCAGGAGGAGGAGGACAAUGAUGAUGAUGAAGAUGAGGACAUGGGAGCUGAUGAGAGCCAGUAUAGACACCGACGACUGACUGGUGACUCUGGGAUCGAGGUGUGCAGGUGUCGGGUAGAGGAGGAAGAUGAUGAAGAGGAAGAGGAAGAGGAGGAGGGGGAAAGGAAGGAGGAUGGUAGGAGAGGAGGAGGAGGGGAGAGGGAUAAGAAAGGAGGUGGAAACGCUGAUCUCCAUGAUAGUGUGGACUGCCCUGCCAGAGGUCAGAUAACCACAGGGGAAGGACUUACACUAUGUAACCCCACCUCCACCACCACGCCAACAUCGGACGACGGUGGCGAAGUCGUCAUUGUCAUGGAGACAGUGUGAUUGACAGAAGUGGGCAGAUCAAACCGUUCGUCAUCCAAACAAGGGAUGAAGAGAAAGCAAAUUGUGGCGUCCACCCUUAAAACUGUUUUUGGAGGUUUGGGAGUUUGUGAAUGCAGAUGUUGAUGAGUUACAUCAUAUCAAUAAAUGUUGCUUGUUCAGCAGCUGUUAGACCAGCACAGGUAUCGGAUACGUCAUAGGAAGAGAUUCAGCAGGAAGCCUUAGCUCAACACUACACUUUUUAAUUGACCAUGGUUCCAGGCUUCUGCAUGGUGAGUACUGAUGUGUUUUAAUAGGAGAGGCGUUUACUCGGAUUGCAUCCAAGGUUGCACUACAGAACUGUUGUCAGCUAUUAGCAAAAUGUCCAGAAAAAUUAAGACCCUUGCUCCCCAUUUUGAUCCCAACAGAGUAAAACUGGAGAGUUGUCUAUUCAUGAUAAAUGUCUAAAUCUAUACCAGAGAUUAUGAACAGAGAGCUAGCUGAAACAGCUUGUUUAGAUGUGUCUGUCACGUUCUCAGUCAGAGUGAACAGUCUGAUAACAUAGAUGUGUUUGUGGAGGUUAAGGUGACACAGUUAACUGUCGUAUCUUUAGCUCUCAUUUCCAAAAUACUCAAAAUACUUCAGAAGAGUCAGUCAAAGUUACCCUGUGGAGUUACAGUCAGUCUUUGUCACUAAUGCACAUAUUGUGUAUCCUUGAUGCUGCAGUGUUAUUUCAAAGGGCCACUCCAUCAGUUUCACGCAUACAGGCUUAGAGAGGUGGAGCUUAAAAGACAGGAGAGGCAGGAAAGAAAAAUUAGAACAUCUCACCUGCUGCUGCUUCAAUUUUAACCUGUCUCUUGCAGGUCUCCUAACUUUGUGGAGGUGUGAUACUGAAUUUUUGGAGUACUCCUUUUAACCUGCAUUGUUUACAUUCCUAAUUACCAGCUACCGGUCUAAUUGUCCCCCGCAUUUCACCAGCACAUUGCUAUGUUUCUGGGCAAUUAUUCCCAUGAGCCAAGAAUUUGUGAAAUCAAGGGAUGUCUUAAACAGUAUAUAUCUCGUGCACAAUGGGGGACCUGCACAGCAAAACACUGUUCCAUAGAAUUAUUUGUGGCCAAAAAUCCACAGGGUACCUUUAACCUUAACUAUUAGUCAUUAAAGGCUUGCUAAUUAGCCAACAGCACACUAUGGUUUGCUAACUAGCUGACUUUUCUGAAUACAGACCCUGAUUAGAUCUUAGUCAGAAUAAGACACAAAUUUACCAUCAGUCAUUCACUGUUCAAGUCCAGUACUAAUUUGCAAAGCUAAUCCUGUGUCCCCGUCUAAUGGGAACUACUGUAAUUAUCAGUUACCAUCUUGUAACUCACUCAACGUCCAAGUCCAAGUCCAAGUUGACCGUGCACAGGUUUUUUUUAACCCUGUCUUCUAUUGACAUGCAAGCACAUAAAUCAGAAUAAUUUCUGUCUCUGCCUUCUGUCCCACAUGGCACGAACAUGGCAUAAAGCCUGCAAACAUGGUUGCGUUAGGGUGCAUUAUGCAUCUGACAGAAAUUACGUUGUUUCUUACGUCUAUCUGUCACCACCAUGAAAAGAGCAACUUUAAAUAGUUGAAUGUUUAGCAGAGGACACCUCGCUUGUCUUGGGUGAUGACGGGGGUUUGGAAACGUGCCGGGGACAAAUUGGCUGUUUUGAGAAAUGAAGAGAGACUGAAGUGGGAGGAUGAUUCACUCUGACUGACAGAAGAAGACUGAUUCAUUCAUUAGAGUGGACGUUUUGAUGAAGAAGUCUGUCAAGAAAACGGAAUUAGGUGGGUAGUUUAUGAAAUGGGAGAGACAGCUUCUCAGAUUUGAUGUGUUUGUGGCAACUUGAUCCUAUAUAGAAGGUUUCAGGGUGGAGGGAUCAGUUGGUUUCCUGUGCGUUGGCCUUUCAACAGAGAAAAGCUUUUGCAUAAGUAGGAAUAAACAAUAGCCGCUGUUAAAGAGAAACAAAGCACCAAACAGAACAGAGACGGGAACACGUCAUCAUUCCCGUCUUUGUCUCUUUCUCUGAAUUUGAGGUCAGAUGCAACUCGUAGACACCGCACAAGCUACUUUCAGUCCCUGUCUGAACUCUGAAAUAUACUUGUUUAUCUCUCAGUUCAUAGACAAGUCUCCUUAAUUAUCAUUCAGAAUCCUUAAUUCUUCUAAUUUUUAGACUAAAUUUACAUCAUCCAAAAAAGUUAAGCUCUUUCAGGGCCUUUAAAAAUGACAAUAACCUUAAUCCUGUUGAAGAAUAGGGAAGCCGAUUCAUUGGAAUUUAUUUUUAGGCCAUUGUUGUAACAUAUUAAUGUUUCAUACACUGUCCGAUCGAUAGGCGUGUCAAUAUUGAUAUUUUGUGACAGAAAGACUUGAAGGUAGAGUAUAUUUUGUCAAUGACAAGAGUGUUAGUAACAUUUGUAUUGUACAUGCUGGUGUAUUUCUAACCACCUUAGAGUCUGAAAUUAGUGAAGAGCAAUAUUUUUCAUCAGCAAGAGUCUGUGUGUAAAUAACCCCCUCCAGAAAAUUCAGGACAACUGCUUCAGGAAAAGUUGGUGCACGGUUCUCUGUGGUUUGAGCGACUGCUACACACCUUUGGCCAAUGAAAA